AUGUCACUGUCUAGAUCUACAUCUCAUGGCAGUAGUUCUUGCAGUUCGGUCAUCAAAGCGCUUCGAUGGCUAUUGAAAUCAGCAGAGGUGGGUUGUUUACAGGUGGUGCAUUCAGUUCUUAUUGGAACCUUUCUGAACCAGAAGGUGCCCAGGGACAGGAAACAAGCCCCUCCUCUGCCUCUGUGGGCAUUGGUGCAGUGGGAGCGUCGUGUGCUCAUGUCCAACUGCACGGUAUUGGAAACUAUUUUACUGGGUACAUUUUUAUUGAUGGCCUGGGGAUCCCUUCGUUUCUCCGACGCGCAAAGGUUAGACCUCCAAAAGAUCAUCUAUCACGAUGGUACCAUGAGAGGGGUGAUAUGGCGCUCAAAGACAGCAGUCAGCGGCAUGCCCCUAGCAGUGGCGGCGGAGGGUUUCCUCAGCAAAGGCUCCCACAACUGGUUGUGGAAGUUUUUGACCGUUUUGGAUACGGUAUUGGCCAAAUCAGGCCUCUCUGAUGUUGAUUUUCUUCUUCCACUGAUGGACGAGGAUGGACCAAUUUAUCCAUUGCAACCGAUGGAUUAUGCCACAGCGUUAUUUUACUUACGGAAAUUUUUGGGUUGCCCAUGGAGUCAAAGACCAGAUCCCUUGCAGCAUUUGAAGUUAACCUUCACUUUGCACUCCCUCAAAGCGACGUUAUUGUCGUGGGGACCGCAGCUGCAUGAAAAGGUCACCCCGGAACAGCGUUUGUCUCAGGGACACCAUUCGGAUCCCAAUAGCAGUUUGGACACAUACUCACGUGACGUGGUGUGGACGUCCUUGACGUAUCAGCGCAAGAUGAUACAAGAGGUUCAGAGUGGAUGGCGUCCAGCCAUUGCCCAACAUCGGGGUAGAAUGGUCGUCUUCUACUCCUUUGUCGGCAUUCCAAAAGGCGUGCCUCCGUACGGCAUUUCAGCGAUGAAACAAAAAUUCAUGGCCAACUAUCCAUCGGAGUUGAUCCAUGCAGACCUUUUUCCAUCGACCAGAUUAGUGAGCUUGGUUCAUGACCAGCUCUCCAAGAAGGUUUGGAAAUGGGUGCCAUGGAAGUAUCGCAUCUCUCUCACCAGGUUCAUGAUCGGGCCAUUGCCUUGUGCCAAGGGCAAGGUCCAAUGGCUCACGGAGAUUCAACGGGAUGGUGGUUUCAAGCAACUCUGCAUGCGAUAUCAGGUGGGCAAGUGUCAGACUCCCAACUGUUUCACCAUGCAUGAUCCAUUCAAUGAGAUUGACUCCGUGGAGACCCUCCCAGUGCAUGAAGUGGACCCAGUUCAAGACUUUGCUCCACCUAGUGGUAGUUUUACCCGAGGCCGUUUGUCCCAACCCGAGCAGGCGAAUGCGGUUGGUUAUGGAGCGGCCAGCCCUUCCUGCUGUGAAUAUAGCAGACUCAAACUUCGAGAUGAUGAUGGUCCCAAGGCUCUACGAUCACCAGAGCACUUGUCCGGUCUGCCCAAUCUCACACCCUGGGAACUGCAACGUGUACAAGAGAGCUUUAUGAUGCUCUCUCGCUGUGUCGAGGUCCUCACCCUGGUUUUUCAAGCAGGCGGGCACGUCCAUCUUGAACAACCCUUGAACGCCAUGUCAUGGUUAGAGAAGGUAGUACGCCAAUUUCUGCAAUUGAUUGGGGCUUCCUGUAUCAACGUGGCAGCUUGCGCCUAUGAGAUGGAUGUUUACAAAGCCUGGAUGUUUGCCUCGAGUUUUACAGGUCUUCGACCAUUAGGUCUCCGAGACGAUUCUGGUGCUUUUGCCAGUCGGGCGACGGCACAAUACCCACAGAAACUGGCACAAUUAUUUGCCAACCUCGUGGCCCCAUUACUGGACACAUCAGCGUUGGACCUACAAUGGUCAUCUUUGGAUGCCCUCAUGCCAACCAAGCACCUGUCAGAGUAUCCAUUUGCGCAAAUCGAUGGGGGUGGAGCUUUUUCCCACCCGGACUGGAGUCAGGAUAAUCGUCAAGAACACGACUGGUUCAAGAUGCUCCGCACUUCGUGGAUGAACAGGAUCAUCUCUGAGCGAUUGGAUAAGAUCCUACUUGCGCAUGUGGCGUCGGGCAACCCUUCACCUCCUUUUUCGAUGGAAACUCUGACUCCAUUCAAGGAUGAUCUGGAGAAAUUCUUGGAGGCACAUGGACAUACACCAGAUUGGUCAGUUCGACAACAUCAACCAAUACAUCUUCAUAUUUUACAUUCUUUACAAAAGAUUAUGCAUGACGUCGAUUUUACAUUAUUACCCAGUUUAUUGGAAGGUGUUCGAACUGGUUUUUCCGAGGCAAUUCCUCCGUCGGGUAUUUUUCCACCCAAAGAACGUACGGAUAUAGAACCCGAUCCAUUGUCAGCUCACCUCUCCAACUGGCAGAGUGCUGAAGAAGAUCUACCAUUAACCCGAGAACUGGUUCAGGAAGAAAUUGACAAGGGAUGGGUUUUUUCAUAUCAAGGUUCUUUGGAAGAAGCACAACAAGAAUAUCCGGCCGGAGUUGCUAUUGGAAAAUUGGGAGUGGCUCGCUCCGAUAGUCGAGCCCCCCGAUUAGUUGUAGACUCCAGCGUAUGCGGCCUCAACGGUCGGUGUAUCAUACCGGAGAGGUCCACCCUCCCGACUGCCAAGGAGGUGUUACGUAGCUACCCUCUACGUCAGUGUCAGAGGAAUCUAAUGGGCUUUUCUUUAGACGUUAAGGCUGCUCAUAAAAGAAUAGUUCUACAUCCGGACGAAUGCGGAUUGGUAGGCUUUUCGUUAGAAGGACAGCUCUUCUUCUAUAGAGUUACCCCAUUUGGUGCAGUUUUCUCUGCCUUUUGGUGGGCGAGAUUGGGUGAACUCCUUCUCCGUAUAUUUCACCACUUGAUCUGGUUGAGUCACGCGGGAUUUCUAUAUGUGGAUGACUUCUUAUUCUUUAUGGAAGCCAACAUGAUGCCGCUGUCAGCCACAUUGUUGUGUAUUUUUUGCCAGCUUUUGGAAAUUCCUAUCAGCUGGAAGAAGACGGCCAUGCACUCUUCCAUUGACUAUAUUGGCUGGAAAUUCAAUUUCAAUGCAGGUAUCGUGACAAUCCCCAUUGAAAAGAUCCUCAAACUCCGAGGAUACAUCGAACAUCUUAUUUCCCAGCCACGAACUACUCGCAAGUCUUUGGAGAAACUUAUUGGCCUGGCCAUGUGGCUUACUCAAUUAUUUCCCCUCAUGCGGAUCUGGAUCCACUAUUGGUACCACGACCUCUACACCAUCCCGGCGACACAUUUCAGUAUUGAUGCUGGUACAUGGCCUCGCAUUCAUCAGUAUUUAACACCUAAUUUGACUUUUCAUACAGCACCUUUGGGCUCCGCUAUACCUAUUUCAGGCAAGCUCAUUGCAGUUCGACAUCAAGCGGUAUCCUCAUUGGCGGAUCUGACAUCGUUACAUAUCAAAACGGAUAACAGGAUUUGGCUAAGGAUUAUCAAUCCGAAUUCCUCCAAACGCAAGCUUCGUCCUGAUUCUCUUCGCAUUUUGAAGUUAUUUGAACAUUGGCUGAUGGGUGUUUCUCCAUCUCGACCAAUGAGAGCGAAGCCAUACUGGAAUGGCGUUGCGGCAGCCGAUGCAUGUGCAUCGGGCUCCUAUUGCCAAAUUGGAGGUUUCAUCCGUCAUCCUUCAGGAGUUCAAUUUUGGUUUUCUGAGAAAUUUUCCCAUGCUGAUUUUGACAUUUUGUCAAUUCAUUUAGACCCAAAUAUGCAACGAAGCAUUGCUUCAUUUGAAACUUUAGCCCAAAUUGCGUUAGUUUGGCUGGUGGCCACAUCUUUUCCUGGUUUUCGUAUUCCCAUUUGCGUGAAAUCUUUGAGCGACAAUACGGGAGCAGAGAGCGUGAGCAACAAAUUAUUCACUACGACUCAUCCUCUAUGUCUCUUUGUCGAGAUCCUCACGUGCCUGGCUUCGACAACGGGUAUUGAAUUGGAUGUGAGCCAUAUUCCUGGCGCGGACAAUGUCAUAGCGGAUGAUCUGAGCCGAUGGGAUUUUUCCACUCCCAUUCCACAUGAUUUUCAACCAAGUGAAAGGAUUCAUCUUUCACUCAAUCAAUUAUUUCGUUGUUCACCUCACCCAACAUUGCAUCCUCCUGAUUCGAAACUCCUUUGGAAACUCCCACAUCCUCUUGCGAUGUGA